AUGCCGACGGAUCGACUCCUGACCACAGUGCUUCGCGCCUACCAGGGUGCUCCAGAUCCAGAGCAAAGCAAUAGGAUAUUCUCCAGCACGGCAUCCCUCUUCACCACGCUCUCGAAUCCACUCAACAUCACCCUCCUCACAUCACAACUUCUCAUAUCGCCAGCAAUAUGGAACCAAGUAGACGGACUACGGACGAGUCUUCGAAUAAUUAGCGUCUAUAAUACAGCUGCUAUAACCGUGCACAAGAACCAAGUCGAGGGUGGGAGUAAGAGUAAUAAACCUUUCGAUGCCUAUCAACCCAGGCUAGGUGGAGGGGUGGAAUGCGACGAGUGGGCUACGGCUGUGGUGAAGGGCUUGGACGAUCGAUCGCCUAGAUGGGAACAUACCUUGGUACUGGCCGGAAUCCUGCUUGGGAUGGAGGGGCAAGAACGGCGUGGACUAUCGCGUGGGUUGAGAGCCAAACUUGAGACUGCUCUGGUUACGGCUGCAAACCUCACGCUUCAAGAUCAAGCCGUUACUGGAAUUCUGGGGGUAGAAUCUAUGAUUUUGGCGCUGAAUCAUGCAUUCCCUCUUUUGUCUGAUCAUGUUAGACGUUUACUAAAUUAUGAUGCUUUGGUAUAUCCUCUUAUUAAAGCCAUGACAUAUAUGGAAGGAUAUCAAGAUGCGAUAUUCCUCGAAACCGUGGAUUACGAUGUCAGACAUGUUUCUGGAAACAAAUUCGACUGGUCAGCAAAGUCUCCAUCGUUUCUUCAGCUACAAAAACUUGGUUCCAAGCCCCUUGUAUCCUCAAUGGGACCAUUAUCACGGCUUAUUGCACAUGCCAUCGAGAACUUGAGUGUACCAAGCCGAGUACUGGAGACACUUGAUCACUUGGUAGCUUUUUCGGGCAAGUUACUGACAGCAUGGCAACGGAACAAGUUAUCUGAAAUCGAUCCUUCUGAAGAGGCAACGUUCCUCACUCCGGAGACACUUCGAAUUACAUUCCCGUUACUUUGGCAAGUUCUGAAGACGGCUAUGUUUGCAACAGUACUUAUCCUACGCUCGAUUAUUGCAAAGACCCUCAUAACCCCAUACCUAUCAUCGAACGAGCUAGCACCAGGCAUUGCCUCAAAGGCUUUGACUGCUCUCAGCAACAUCCAAUUCAUCUCAUCCCGAAUGGGCUCCAACGCCUUCUCAGCAUACACAUUUGUCAACUUAACAUCCAUCGACAUCCUCUCCUGCUUCCCCAUGCAAUCCGGGGAUUUCCUGCGCUCAAUUAUCCCCUCCCACGCCGGCCAAAUCCCAGCCCACCCCCUGCACCGGAACCACGAUCUCUUCUACCUCAACACCGUCGAGCACUUCACCCUAAUCAUGUCCCCAGCCACCACCGAAUCCCUAAUCCUCACCCCCGCCUCCCCCUACCUAAACCCAUCCGCCAACGCCCACCUCGUCGAGAUCUUCGAAGCCGCCCACAGCGCCAUGCUCUCGGCGCUCGCAGCCCCGCAAAACGGACCCCUGGCUGCUAAAUCCCUCCCCUUCUACGUCGAAUCCCUCUUCAACUCCUUCCCCACCAACCUCUCGCCGCGGCAAUUCCGCUUCGCCUUCAAAGCCCUCAUGCAAAUCACCUCGCCGCCCAAGCAACUCGCUGCUUCCGAACCCAUGCUCGCAGAGACUCUACUGGAAAUGCUCCACCACCGCGCUUUGCACGCGCCUACGGCCCCACUCCCCCCUUCUGUGAACGAGGGAGCCCAACCUGAUGGUCAGACAGCAGCAUUGUCUGAGCAAGCGGUGCUGCUCCUCACGCUGCUCGACGCGCUGCCGUAUCUCCCGCUCGGCGCACUAGAGGAAUGGCUCCCGCUGGCUGCGGAUCUGCUGGCUGCGGUGCCGGAUGCUGGGAUGCGGGAACGGUGUCGCGCACGGUUUUGGGAGGUGCUGGAGAGUGGGGAGAUGGAUGUCGAGAGGAGUGCUGUUUGUGUUUGGUGGUGGGGGAGCAGGGGGGGGAGGGAGAGGGUUUUGUUUGGUGCUAGGGGGGGCGGAGAUGGAGGGGAAGGAGGGCCGUUUAUGAGUGGUGCGUUGGGAGCGCAGAAGGAGAGUAGGUUGUGA